AAUUCUAAUUUCUUACUAUUGAAGCUAAAAGUUUCUUUAUAGAGGCAGUAUCAUUACAACAUAAAUGCACUUUGAUCACUGAUCAGUAGAGAGAAAGAUAGCACGAACAAAAAAAAAGCUAGCAUUGAUUUGUUCAUCAUUACAGUAACAAAAGACAUAUGGCUUCAUCUUUAAUCUUAACACUCAUCACCUUCAUCUCUCUCUCCUCACUUUCCUUCUCUUUGCCGACGACAAAUACAAUCCCAUCUUCUCCAACAAUUUUUCCUUUUGAAGACCAGAUCUCGCCGGAGAUAGCCCCUCUCCUCCCUUCUCCAGCCGCCACCUCCACUCAAAACAUCCCUUCUACUAAUUCAACCCUUCCGGAUCCUCAAAACGAUGACGUUAUGGCCGAUCCUGAUCCAGCCUUUGCUCCCUCCGCUCCCCCGCCGGCUUCCUCUCUUGCUCUUCCAUCUUCUCAAGCUCCCGGAGUUGUCCUCUCCGUUGUUUUCGCGGCCGUGUCUUGUUUCUCGCUCCGGCUUCUUGCUGUUUCAGCUUUGUAAUUCAUUUAUAUACUCACGUACGCACUUGUUUUCAUGAGUUUAAUUGUCUCGAAAUCAUUUUAUAUCUCGAAAUAAACAUUUUUUUAUCCA